CGCAGAAACUUGUUGCAACAAACAGGCGACCGCGGGUGCCCCUAGCAGCCAGCGGCGGAGUGGGUGGGCGGGUGAGAGGGAGGGGAAGGCUGGCGGACGCCGCAGCGAACUGGUGGGCAGACCCGGAGUCGCCGCGUAAGCGGGGCCGGCUCAGUGCGGUGCGGCAGGCGCGGCUGUGCGGCAGCGGAAGUCCUUUGUUGCAGCGCAGUCCCUGGCAGAGCCAGAAGCUCUCCGCGCAGCCCAGCCCGAGCGCCGCGCGCCGUCGCCCCUGCAGCUCGCGGCCCCUUCGCCUCCACCCGCCUUUCCCGAGACUGAUUUGCCUUAAACUCCCUAAAAUCUCCGCAGCCCUGGUUCCUGCUGCGGCCGGUAUCUAAUUAAUAGAAGAUGGCAAAGCCAAGCCACAGCAGCUACGUUCUUCAGCAGCUAAACAACCAAAGGGAAUGGGGUUUCCUCUGUGACUGUUGCAUUGCAAUUGAUGACAUUUACUUUCAAGCGCACAAAGCAGUUCUGGCGGCCUGUAGCUCCUAUUUUAGAAUGUUUUUCAUGAACCAUCAGCAUAGUACUGCACAACUGAAUCUCAGCAACAUGAAAAUUAGUGCCGAGUGUUUUGAUCUCAUUUUGCAAUUUAUGUAUCUAGGGAAAAUAAUGACCGCUCCUUCCAGUUUUGAGCAGUUUAAAGUGGCAAUGAAUUACCUACAGCUAUACAAUGUUCCUGACUGCUUAGAAGACAUACAAGAUACGGAUUGUUCUAGUUCAAAAUGUUCAUCUUCUGCCUCCAGCAAACAGAACAGCAAAAUGAUAUUUGGGGUCAGAAUGUAUGAAGACACUGCGACAAGAAAUGGUAAUGAAGCCAACAGGUGGUGUGCAGAGCCAAGUUCAACAGUGAAUACACCACAUAAUAGAGAGCCUGACGAAGAGUCUUUGCAGUUGGGUAAUUUUCCUGAACCUCUUUUUGAUGUAUGUAAAAAAAGUUCUGUGUCCAAAUUAUCUACUCCAAAAGAACGUGUGUCACGGCGCUUUGGACGGAGCUUUACCUGUGAUAGCUGUGGAUUUGGCUUUAGCUGUGAAAAAUUAUUAGAUGAACACGUGCUAACCUGUACUAACCGGCACUCAUACCAAAACGCAAGAUCUUAUCACCGAAUAGUAGAUAUUCGAGAUGGAAAAGACAGUAACAUCAAAGCUGAAUUUGGUGAGAAGGAUUCUUCUAAAACAUUUUCUGCACAGACCGACAAGUACAGAGGAGACACAAGCCAGGCUGCUACUGAUGAUUCAGCUUCAACCACCGGAAGCAGGAAAAGUAGCACAGUGGAAUCUGAAAUUGCAAGUGAAGAAAAGAGUAGAGCUGCUGAGAGAAAAAGAAUCAUUAUCAAGAUGGAGCCAGAAGAUAUUCCUACAGAUGAACUGAAAGACUUUAACAUUAUUAAGGUUACGGAUAAAGACUGUAAUGAAUCCACAGACAAUGAUGAGUUAGAAGAUGAACCGGAAGAGCCGUUUUAUAGAUAUUACGUCGAAGAAGAUGUCAGUAUUAAAAAAAGUGGCAGGAAAACUCUAAAGCCUCGGAUGUCAAUAAAUGCCGAUGAAAGAGGUGCUCUAGACAAUAUGAGGCCCCCUAACAAUAGCAGCCCAGUACAAGAGGACACUGAAAAUGCAUCCUGUGAGCUCUGUGGGCUCACAAUAACUGAGGAGGACCUGUCAUCUCAUUACUUAGCCAAACACAUUGAAAACAUCUGUGCAUGUGGUAAAUGUGGGCAGAUACUUGUCAAGGGUAGACAACUUCAGGAACAUGCUCAGAGAUGUGGAGAACCCCAAGAUCUGACAAUGAAUGGGUUAGGGAGUGCUGAGGAGAAGAUGGACAUGGAAGAGAAUCCUGAUGAGCAGUCUGAAAUAAGAGAGAUGUUUGUGGAAAUGUUGGAUGAUUUCAGGGACAAUCAUUUCCAGAUCAACAGUAUCCAAAAAAAGCAGUUGUUUAAACAUUCUGCCUGUCCUUUUCGAUGUCCUAAUUGUGGCCAGAGAUUUGAAACGGAAAAUCUAGUGGUUGAACAUAUGUCUACCUGCCUAGACCAAGAUAUGUUUAAGAGUGCCAUCAUGGAAGAAAAUGAGAGAGAUCACAGACGAAAGCAUUUUUGUAAUCUCUGUGGAAAAGGAUUUUAUCAGCGGUGUCAUUUAAGAGAACACUAUACUGUUCAUACUAAGGAAAAACAGUUUGUCUGUCAGACAUGUGGAAAGCAGUUUUUAAGAGAACGUCAGUUACGACUGCACAAUGAUAUGCACAAAGGCAUGGCCAGGUAUGUCUGUUCCAUUUGUGAUCAAGGAAACUUCAGAAAACAUGACCAUGUACGGCAUAUGAUUUCUCAUUUAUCUGCUGGUGAGACUAUAUGCCAGGUCUGCUUUCAGAUAUUCCCCAAUAAUGAACAGUUGGAGCAGCACAUGGAUGUUCAUCUGUAUACAUGUGGAAUAUGUGGAGCAAAAUUUAAUUUGAGGAAAGAUAUGAGAUCACAUUAUAAUGCCAAGCAUUUGAAAAGACCAUAAGUGAUUUUCUACUGUACUAAUGUUUAGUUGAUAGCAGACAGAAACCAAAGCUAUUUAGAAAUUGAUUUUAUAAUAUAAGUCACUGGGGAAAAUUCUCAAGGCCCUUUUCCUUUAAUAUUUUUUUGUUUAGGAUCUUUAAGUAUAUUUUAGGAGUUACUAAAUGUUUAAUUUUUUUGUUUUUAGUAGAAUUCUUUGUUUUUAGUUUGUCUUAGCUAUGAUUAGAAUUACUUUUAAAUGUAGACUACAAGUGAUUUUACCCCUUCAAUGACUAUUAAACUUUAGUUUUUUUAUCUAUAAGGUGAUGACUUCACUAUUUCUAUGUGGGGUUUUUGUUGUUAUUGUUUUUUAAGGCUAUUUUGUGAAAUUUAAACCCAACACUAGUUAAAUUAAAAUGAAUUUUGAGAGUAUUAGUUAUUUGAAAUGAUUCCACUUAUUUUUAAUUUUGGUUUUUGUCAGUUCAGCAGUGACUUGGGCACUCUUUAUUCCCCUUAUUGUCAAUGAAAUUCAGAUUCUUAAAUUGACAGGCCUACGAAGCAGGUUAGGUGCACUGAGUCUAACCUUGAAGAUUGACAUGGGCCUACACUUGGCCUAAAGAGCUUGAUGGACCUAAGGAAAUGCCUAUAACUAAAUAUUUCCUAUAAUUGAUAAAAUAUUAUCAUUUAAUAAUCACAUUUAAAACUUAUAUUAAGUGUAAAACCCAAUGACUUUACCCCACUUGAGAAAUGAGUGGGGAUGAGUCAUUUUGUUUUGUGAUAUUAAAUUUAACUAUGAUAGUUAAUAAAAAAAAAACAUAUCUUGUAUUCAUUUAAAGUAUUUUAAUUUAAAAUAUUCUGAUUUCUAAAGUGUAUUAGUUUAUCAAUGAUUGUUUAUAAAUAGACUUUAAUAUCUCUAGGAAUAUUACAUCUAAAGGAAAAUGAGUUUUUCAUCUUGAAAAGUACAUACUUUUGGAACUUACUUUGAGAUUUGAGAAAGUUGCCAUGUAUACUGAUAAAUCUAAUAAAAUAAAUCAAUUCUAAAUCUGGUUGUUCUAUAAAAGUGCAGUGCGCAAAAAAAUUUCUUGUCUUUUAUAUUUUCUAAGAUUUGGAAAAAAUGUGUUGUGGCAAAUUACAGUUUAUCACCAUGCUUUUUCUUUCUUUCUUUAAAGGACUAGAAACUUUGAGGAACAUAAAAUAACGACAGAGAAUAUAACAGCUUUGUCAAAGUAGUGUUACUGUUAGUUGUUGCUAACACAGGGUCUACAUGAAUUACAUGUGAAUUAAAUCACUGGCAAAACUGACCAACCAGUAAAAUCCACUGAA